GAGCCUUCUGUCAUUAGUGUGGUAUACAUGCUUAAACGAAUGUUUUUUAUUCUUGAAUUUUAUUUUAAAUCAUUUAAUACACAAGAAUGUCCAAGUUUUCUAGAAUUGUAUUGAUAAGACGGAUUAUUUCCACUGUAAAACAGAAUUUAACUAGAAAGAGUAGCUCACGAGCUUCCAUCAAUCUAUCCGAACCGGCUAUUGAAGGUUACUUGAAAAGACUGAUGUUCGAGCAUGAAGACCUCUAUAUGAAAGUGACAAGAACUCCGGAAGAAUCUCGUCGUUAUUUUCAAAUAAAACCAAUCGUUAAUGUACUUCAACACCGUAUUGCUUUGCUUGAGAACAUUGCAUCGCUCGAACAACUUAUUAAGACGAAAUACUCUCGGAAUGAGGAUGACGCUGAGAUGAAAAAAAUGAUGAAAGAAGAAAGUAAAAUAUACGAAAAACGUAUGGAAGAUCUCGAUCGUGAAUUGCAAAUGAAGCUCGUAGAACCAUACCUAACGGAAGGUGUAGUGUUGCUAGAAGUCAAAGCGGAAUCAGGAGGAAAAGAAGCGAUGAACUUAGCACAAAAAAUAUUUAAAAUGUAUAAAUCAUAUGCAAACUAUAAAGACUGGGCAUCCAGCGUUGUCUCAUAUGAGAAGUCAGAUGAGGAGGGUAUUAUAAAAGGGUCUAUGUUCAUUGAGGGUUUAGGUGCAGUUGAAUUUAUGAAAGUUGAGACUGGGAUACACUGUGCAAAAAAAGCCUCUGCCACCAUGGAAAACGGCCAGAACAUUCAAAUUAGUACAGUAGCUGUAACUGUUUUACCAAAGCCGACGGAAGAAGAACUAAGUAUCCCUGAAACUGAUAUUAUCGAAGAAAAACUUCCCGAUAACUCUGUUCGGAUCACACACGCCCCAACCGGGUUGGUAGCUGAAUGUCAGGAAAAUAAAUCGAGAACAAAGAAUAAACACGUUGCCAUUCAGAAAUUAAGGUUACUGUUGUUAGAAAAGAAAGAUCAAACAAGCAACUGCAUAUCUGAGAUCUCUAUGGCAAAUGGAGGGCAAGAAGUUCGGACUUAUGAUUAUUUACAGGACCAAGUAACAGAACAUCGAAGCGGUGGCGGGACUGUUCAGAAUUUGCAAAGGUUCAUGCAAGGUAACGAAAAAUUGGAGCAGGUCCAGGAGAAUUUGUUAAAAGAGCAGACAUGCCAAACACUCAUGGAGGAAAUCAAUCAAUAUGCAGCAGAGUCAGUGAAAAAUUAG